GAGGUGUCUUGGGGUGAGUCCGAAGAGUUGGUCAAGACCCCGCCUGGCUACCCCGCGAUACUAACCGCAUGGAGACAUCAUCCGCAAGGUGCUUACAGAUGGACUUGAGGCUCGAACAUUCGUAGAGACAGCUAUAUAGAGGAGAAGCAAGAAGUCCACUGACAACCAGAAACAACCUCCCCUGCAGAAUACCUCCAACACCACCGUCAAUCAUGUCUUCCGCGACCUCCUUUCGCCAGCUCAUCGGCAUGCAGCCAUCGACUGCCAGCGUUGCCGACAGCACUCUCAUCAUCAUCGACGCUCAAAACGAAUACGCAGAAGGCAAAUUGAAGUGCUCCAACACAGCAUCUUCUCGCAAGGUCAUUGCCUCGCUACUUGAAAAGUACCGCGAGGGCAAUGGAAAGAUUGUCCACGUUGUCCACGACACACCCGAUGGCGCACCCGUCUUCACACCCGGCACCAAGCUCGCCGAAGAGUUCGACGAGCUCGCACCUAAGGACGGAGAGAAGGUUAUCCACAAGAACUACCCAAGCUCUUUUGCUGGCACCGAUCUCCACAAGCACCUUGGUGGUGGCAAGAUCGUCUUGACCGGAUACAUGGCACAUGUCUGUGUUUCGACAACGGCCAGACAGGGAGCCGAGCUUGGUUACGACGUCGUUUGCGUCGAGGAUGCGAUUGGCGACAGAUCGAUCCCUGGUGUCGAGGCCGAGGAGCUGACCAAAACUGCUCUGAACGAGAUUGCCGAUGCCUUCGGCACUGUCGUCCAGAGCAAGGAUAUCAAGUAGAUAUCAUGCCUUAAU